GCGAAAGCAAAAGGGCGGAGGCGAGGGAAGGCAAGGAGGGGACGGGAAGGGGCGGGCGGGGGCUCCCCGCCGCGGGGCUCGGCUCGGCGGGGCUCGGCUCGCUCCUCCCCUCGGCGCCGAGGCGGAGCGGGGCGGCGGCUCAGCGCGCCCCCAUGGCCCUGGCGGCGGGGCAGCGGGCGCGGUAGCCGGGCUGCGGCUGACUCAGAGCUGCCCAGGGAGGGCAGGCUGGACAUGAGCCUCGCCGCCGGGCUCCGAGCGGCGGCCGGGGACUGAGCGAGCAACAAAGAAGUUUCUCCGGCGGCGGCGGCGCGGCGCUCCCUCAUGCACGCCCCCGGCCGCCCGCCCUGGGGCGCUGCCCGGCCGGCGGCCGGCGCCGAGCGGGCCAUGGAGCCCCGAGCGGGGCUGCACGGCAGCCCGGAGCUGAGCCUGGCCCCGCGGCUGAGCGUCGGGGAGCUGCGCUCCCUCUUCGAGGCUCGCUGCGCCGCCGUGGCCGCCGCCGCCGCCCGGCAGCUGCCCGACCCGGCCAAGAGGGGCUGCCGGCCCCCCAACGGGGUGCUGCCGCCCGUCAUCCCCCGGCUCACCGUCACCCCCGAGGAGGGCGAGGAGGCGCAGGGCAGCCCCAGGGCGCCGCCGUCACACCCGGAAAGCGGCUGGCUGAGGACGGACAACUCGCUGCACCUGCAGUCCCGCCGCCUUUCCACCUCCUCGCUGUCCUCCACGGGCUCCUCGUCCCUCCUCGAGGACUCCGAGGACGACGUGCUGAGCGACACGGAGGGCAGGAGCCAGGGCAUCGUGCACCUAGAGCACGGCGAGGAGCCCAACCAGAAAAAGGCAUGGAAUACCAUUAAAACCAUGGUGAACUUACCAGUGAUCAGCCCCUUCAAGAAACGCUACUCAUGGGUACAGCUGGCUGGGCAUACAGGAAGUUUCAAGGCAGCUGACAGUGGGAAGAUUCUCAAACGCUUCUCAGAGAAUGAAAAGGAGUGUUUUGAGCGACUGAUGAAAGACCCGCUACGCUCAUGCGUCCCUUGCUUCCAUGGUGUGGUGGAGAGAGAUGGAGAGAGCUACAUUCAGUUGGAUGACCUGCUUACUGAUUUUGAAGGGCCGUGUGUGAUGGACUGUAAGAUGGGGAUCAGGACAUACCUGGAAGAGGAGCUGACUAAAGCCCGUGAGAAACCAAAGCUGCGUAAGGACAUGUACAAGAAAAUGAUUGAAGUGGAUCCUCUUGCUCCCACAGCUGAGGAGAAUGCCCAGCAUGCUGUCACCAAGCCCCGAUACAUGCAGUGGAGGGAAACAAUCAGCUCUAGUGCCAACUUGGGCUUCAGAAUUGAAGGGAUUAAGAAGGCAGAUGGAACAUGUAACACAAACUUCAAAACUACAAAGACACAGGAGCAAGUUCUCCAAGUUUUUGUGGAAUUCAUUGAGGGCAACACAACUAUUCUGAAAAAAUACCUCAAGCGUCUGCAGGAAAUUCAUAUCAUUCUUGAAUCCUCGGACUUCUUCAAGCGACAUGAGGUCGUUGGAAGCUCACUACUUUUUGUACAUGAUGGCAGUGGGAAUGCCAAUGUGUGGCUGAUUGAUUUUGGAAAGACCACCCUUCUCCCUGAUGGGCAGACACUGGAUCACAGGAUCCCCUGGCAAGAAGGCAACAGGGAGGAUGGGUACUUGUUGGGAUUGGACAAUUUGAUUCGCAUCUUGGAGAGCAUCACUGAAAGAUGAGUUGAGAGUGGCACAAAACUUACAGGGCUGCUUUGUAACUUUCUGCUCUACUGGAAUAACUCAGAAGGAAACCUCUUUAACUCCCUCCAAACUCCUGAGGUCAUCACAGUGCAGAGGGAACUGCUUCCAGAACCCAGCAGUUAGUUAUCAAAAUGACAUUUGCAUCAGCCCUCUGUGAACCUAAGUAACUAACUCCAGAUUGGUCUGUAUUGCACCAGCCUAACUUCAGGCUGGUCUUCAGAGAAUCAAGGUCUCCAUACUCAGGAAUCACACCAGCAUGAGACAAGAGGUCUGUAUGGUAAACCAGAACGAUUCUGAUUUCUGGCAAACAGAUGGGACUUCAGAUUACAUCUUAGUGAACAAGAGCAAGUGAUUGGGGUUUCAGGGCAGGAAUAACAUUUUUUCAGGGAACUGCAUAAUUUUGAAACCAGCAGGAGUGUUUUUUUCCCUAAUUCCAAGUCUCCUUGCUCUUGUGUAUACUAUAGGUUGGACCAACAACAGCUGCUGCAUUGUGUUAUAGGUGUGCACAAGGUGGAGAUUGGUGAUAAUCAGAAGAAACCUGGAGCAAAGGGAGACAACAGUUUGUAGUGGCUGGAUGUGGUAACUGCUGUUGAUUAGUCCUCUCCCCACCCUAGCCUCAAUUCACUUCUGUCCAAGAACAGCCUUGCUUUUUAUGUAGCCUCUCAGGAGAUUACAGAUUCUCUAGGGAGAGAAUAGCAGACUGUUGUCUCCAAAAACAUUUGACUUUCAGACUGGGUGGGCUGCUGGAAAAGUGCCUAGCUUGGCAAGUUUGGCCUUUUGUGGCUGAACUGCAGUUCUGAAAAAUCGGUAAUAACACUCUGGCACACAGACCGGGGGACUAAGGGUUUUUUUCAAGGCUUGUUUAUUUUUAAGGUAAAGCCCCAAUACAUGUGCACACACCUGCACGCACUAGUAGCCAGCAACCACUGUGAUCUCUUCAGAUCGCUGUUUGACUGUCUUCUAAUGCACAUGAAAGAGGUGACUUCUUGGCCAUGUUCCUGUUCCCAAGUAUGAUGCUGUCAUGUAAGUGUAUAGACUGGAGCAGCAAUCGGGAAGGUAAUGUUUCUGCAUUCACAGCAUUACACUAAUGACAAUUCCUAGGCAUCCUUUCUCCCAGGUAUCAGCUGUUAACUCAGGGCAGUUUGGGGGGAGGAAUGUCAAUGCGUCACAUCCCCUAAUCCCUGUCUGGAAUCACAGGGCCACUUGUGCUUAGUUUUUAUUUCACUGUGGCCCAGGCACAACCUCAGUGUUUAGAUUAAAAUCAAGAAAGACUGAAAUGAUGCAUUUUCUUUUAAUGGCUUCACCUACCAUUGCUGUUGGUUGCCUCUAGCCACUUGAACAGUUUUUUAAAUACUAGCAGUAUAAAUACUAUCAGUAUUCACCUGUUCACUCACAUUCCAGGUUUUAAUAUAAAUAUAUAAUAAUGGAGUUUCCAAAAUAAGGACAAGACUUAUAUUAGUAUUUGAUUAAUUCCCUUUUAACAUCUUAAGCUGGUAAUGUUUGGUGAUCAGAAAUUGCUCGCUCUUGCCAGUGUCCUGUGCUCAGAUGCGAUUCCAAGAACUUUAGGAUAUAUGAAGGUAACUCCAUGCUUUGGGAAACUGCUAUUUCAAGUAACCAUGACUGUGAGCAUAAAAAAAAAAAAAAAAAAAAACACAACAAAAACCACCUGUACAGUCCAGCUCUGGAAUGAAAUGCAGCUAUAACAUUUGUAAUUAAAAUUGAAGGGCCUAAAAGAAUUUCUAAAAAAAAAAAAAAAAAAAAGAGAGAGAACACACUACUGUACUAAGAGAUGAGCUCUAAUAGCUUUUUGAUCACCUCUAAACAAAACAGCAGUAUUAAAACUCGAUCUUGAUUGUGGCCUGAAAGUUAGAGGGCAUAAAGUGGGUAUAUUGUAGGAAAUAGCGAGGCAUGGAGAUGUUGCAUCCUUAAACAGAAAUUGUUUGAAACAGAUAAUUUUUGCAGUUCAUUGCAAAUACAGGUUUCUUCUGUGGCCUCCCAGAGCCCUUAUCGAGUUUAUUUUCACAAUAGUAUGCUAAUGAAUUUUUCACUUUUUCAAGUUUUAUUAGCUGUUUCAAAGAGUUUAUGCAUUUUUUUUUGAAGUUGUGGUGAGUCUUCUAUAGCAAGCACACGUAUUAGCAUUCCAGAUGCCUCCUAUUUUGAAAUUGCUAUGAGAUCACAAAUCACUCUGUGAUGACUUUCAUACACUUAAUUUAAAAAAAUAAAAUAUUCUUCCUCCUUUCCUGCAGCCAACAGGUAAACAAACCAUCAGUUAGCAGUGCUUAAAGGGAAAAGGAGGUAAACGGACGGGUCUUACAGGAGAGGACUUUAAUAACGAGACCUUGUCUAUAAGACUGCAAUUUCAGAGAGGGG